GUCCGCCCUCACACCCGCUGGGAUGCGGGACCCCCCCGGCUAUUACCCUUCCCGCUGACUUUAGGGGGUGGAUUGAGCUGGCGGGAACUGGUCUUCGUGAGGAGCAACAGACCCCGGCUGCAGUCCCCACAGCACCUGGUGGCAGAAAGAGAAUUGUCACGUACCAUGUAGUCCAGCGUGUGGAGCCCACAGAGUUUCCAACCCCGAUUGUACUUGAGAAUCCCCCCGGGUCUCUCGCCGCUUGAUUCUGGUGAGCUGGAGAGCCCUGGUCUGAGAAGAGAGGGCCUGGGGAAGACCUCUGUUCUUCAAAAGGCGAUCUCCCAGCCCUUUAGGUGAAAUAUAAGGAAAAAGAAUACAGAUGAGCAUGGCAAGUGAGGACACAAAGAAGAUACAAGAAAUGAAGACUGACCUGAACUUAUUAUUGGAGUGCCUGAAGUAUCAAAUGGACAACCCUUUCUCACAAAAGGAAGCUUUGGUUACUAUUUUUUCAAUUUGUCAACAAAACAGUAAUGCAGGUGUUUAUUUUCGGGAAAUUGGUGGUUUGAUGUUUGUAAAAAAUCUUGCAAAGUCAAGUAAACAUAGCAUGGUAAAAGAAGCAGCCUUAUAUACAUUAGGAGCUGUUGCAGAACAAAAUGUUUACUGUCAGCAGACUUUAUGCACUUCAGAAUUGUUUGAAGACUUAACUUGGUUCUUAUCUAAUGAUGAUUCAAAUACAAAUUUGAAAAGAAUGUCUGUCUAUGUUAUUUUGGUUCUAGUUUCAAAUAAUAGGACUGGACAAACACUUGUAAGAGAAACAGGUUGUAUUACAGUUCUGACACAGUUGUUCAGGACAGUUCUUUCAAAAUAUGAGUUGAAUUUGUUGGAUGAAAAUGCAUUCCAGAGCUAUCAGUUAUGGUCUUCGGUUUGUAGUACUUUGUGUGUCUGUGUCAACAAUCCUCAAAAUGAUGAAAAUCAAAUGCUUUGCUGUUCACUUUUUCCACAUGCUAAUGACUGGCUAAUAAAUUGCAUCAAACCUGAGAUAAUUCGCCCUGUUUGCUCAUUUAUUGGACUCACUCUUGCAAAUAACACAUAUGUUCAAAAAUACUUUAUAUCUGUGGGUGGACUGGAUGUGUUGUCUCAAGUUCUUGUGCAACUGGAAUCAGAUUCACACAAGACUCUUUCCAGUGCUAAGCUUGCAGUCGUGGUGACAAAGACAGUGGAUGCGUGUAUUGCUGACAAUCCUACUUUUGGAGUAAUACUAUCCAAGUAUCAGAUUGUUUCAAAACUUCUGACAUUACUGCUUCAUGAAAGUCUCGAUUCAGGAGAAAAAUUUAGCAUCAUACUUACCCUUGGUCAUUGCACAGAGGAUUGUGAGGAGAAUCAGUAUGAUCUUUUUAAAAACAAUGGGCUUCCACUCAUGAUACAAGCCUUAACUGAAUCGCAGAGUGAGGAACUAAACAAAGCUGCCACUUUUGUGCUUCACAAUUGUAAAAAAAUUACUGAGAAAUUAUCUCUAAGUCUAGGAGAAUAUUCUUUUGAUGAAAAUGAAGAACAAUUAAAAGACAUAAAUAUGAAAGAGAAGAAUCUUGAAGAGUACUGGAAGAAAGCAAAGGAAAUUCUACACAGAAUAGAACAGCUUGAAAGAGAAAGAAAUGAGGAAAAACUACAAAGAGAAAAAGAUAAGCAUAAUGUUUCAUCUAUGAACAUAAAUAUUCAAAAUACAUUGAAACACCUCCAUGCCGAUAGUAUUGGCAGAGGUCCUACAGCAGAAGAUAAAGAUAAAAGCAAGUCUAGAAAGCUUCAGAGUUACCAAUCCCAUGGAGUUCUGUCUACAGCAUGUACAAAUGAUCACCAAAUGAAGACCCUGUUAAAGAGUGCAAAUCCAGUUACUGCUUGUUAUAGGGAGAGUGGGCAAAAUAAGACUUUAUGUAAAGCCAAUUCAAACUAUAAUCAAAAUCUACAUGAAGGAACAACUUUUGAAAAAAAGAAUUCUGUUUCUCAAUCAAGUGACCAUGUUUUUAAACAUCCAGUUCCCGUUGUCAAAAAUAGAAAGCAGCAGUUACCAGUAACAGAUCCAUUUACAUUAUGUUCAGAUAUAAUAAAUAAAGAAGUCAUCAGUUUUCUAGCAAGUGACAAUCAUUCCAAAAUGUUAAAGUACAGAUGCUCAGGUUGCAUAGCAGUAGGAAAAUCCCUGAAUAGCCGAAAUUUUAGCAAGCUCUUGCACUCUUGCCCAUACCAAUGUGAUCGUCAUAAAGUCAUUGUGGAAGCUGAAGACAGAUAUAAAAGUGAACUAAGGAAAUCACUUAUCUGUAACAAAAAAAUUCUGCUGACCCCACGUAGAAGACAACAACUCAGUCAUGAAUCUACUGCCUCUGGAGAAAUAAAAAAAAGAAGAAUUCAAAACUUUACUGAAGAAGAAAUAAAUUACCUUUGCAAUGGAGUUAAGAAAAUGGGAAAUCACUGGAAUUUAAUUUUGUGGUCUUUCCCCUUUCAGCAAGGACGGAAGGCUGUGGACCUUGCUCACAAAUACCACAAGCUGACCAAACGUCCCGAGUGUGCAGCUCCUUGAUCGGAAUACUUGCCAGUUUUUAGUUUCAACACUUAAAAUACAAUGUCUUGAAGAAACACAAUUUAAAAUACUCUUCUAAACUCUCAUGAAGCAGGAAAUCUGAAAACAGGAAUACUGUUUUAAUUGCAUACUUUUUGUGAUGCUCUAUCUCAUCGAAUUAUUAAAGUAAUUUAUAAAACAAUACA